AUCACUGUCGCCUUCAAACCCUCAUCUUCUCUUCCUCUCCCUCUUCCUCUGCUUCUCUCCUCUAAUCACUGUCGCCUUCAAACGCCGCUGUCUCUUUCUCUAUCAUUCGCAUUUUCUUAUCCUCUUCGCGCCACUAUUACCGCAAAUUCUAGACAAAUCAAAACCCUAAUCCUUGCUUCGUCGAAUUCAGAUUCUUCCUUCGACGGAUUCGGUUUUAAUCGAGAGCCACGUUCCACCGAUAAGAAAUCACUUCUUUCAGAAUUGAUACAAGAGAUAGAGCCAUUAGAUGUGAGCCUUAUCCAAAAAGAUGUUCCACCUGCUACUUUGGAUGCUAUGAAGAGGACCAUCUCGGGCAUGUUGGGCUUACUUCCAUCAGACCGAUUUCAAGUUUUUAUUGAGGCUUGGUGGGAAUCUCUCUCAAAGUUAUUGGUCUCUUCAAUGAUGACAGGGUAUACACUACGAAAUGCUGAGUGUAGACUUUGCCUUGAAAGAAACCUUGAUAUACACGAAGAAGAUUCUGAAAAGCAAGUGCAGGGAAAUUCAAAAAACAAUUUUCAAGGGUUAGUGCUAGAGAGUGAAGAAACAAAUCAAAGUCUUGGAAAAGAUACUGAAUUUGAAAAAAUUGCAGAAGACCUAUCUGAUGACAUCAAUAUCCAAGGCCUUGGUGAAAUAUCCCUUGAAGCUCAGCAAUAUAUUCUUCAUUUACAAUCUCAUUUAUCUUCUGUGAAAAAGGAACUACAUGAAGUUAGGAUGAAAAGUGCUGCUCUUCAAAUGCAUCAAUUAGUCGGCGAAGAAAAGAAUGAUUUACUGGACUACUUAAGGUCACUACAACCAGAGAAGGUUGCUGAGUUAUCCGAACCAACAUUCCCUGAAUUAAAAGAAACGAUCCAUUCUGUAGUCCAUGGUCUCCUGGCAACCCUUUCUCCUAAGAUGCAUUCUAAGACUCCUCCACAAUCAGAGAACACAUCACCUGGAUCGCUAAAUAUUGGAGUUGAUUGUGCUGAACUUGUUGAGAACACUUCGCUUCAUUUCCAGCCCCUCAUUUCAUUGACAAGGGACUAUCUGGCACGACUACUUUUCUGGUGUAUGCUUUUGGGGCACUACCUGCGAGGCCUUGAGUACCGAAUGGAGCUGAUGGAACUUCUAUCCUUGACAAGCAAUGAAGAAAAUGAUUCCUGUGAAGACAGGCAUUAUCCACAUAAGAUUUUUCAAUCCAACUACAGUUCAGGAGCUCUGACCCUUUUUCGCUUGACGGUGGAGGAUACUUAUAACUGCAGACCAAAUCACGUUACAAUGGGUAGUGUGCUUUCAGCUUGUGCUCAGUUUGGUGAUCUUGAGCUUUGA